AGCAUCCCCCGGAGCCCGGAGGCAGAACCGUGACAAUAGAGGGCAGCACCUGUCCGGGAGGACGCCACCAAACCCACAGCAGCGCCCCUUUCCCGCCCACUCUCUGCCUCCCUCCCCUCAGAGACGCGCUCACAAGGAGGGAAACGCAGGCAGAGGAGGCUCGUGUGAGAGGAGGCUGUGGCCCUCCAAGAACGCCCUCAGAGAUGGGCCCAGGGACAUCCGUAGAGAUACAAAGGUGCUCGUUUAUAAAGCCGUUGUCCUCCCAACGUUACGCCUGCGAAACGUGGACUGUCUACAGACGUCACACCAAACUCCUGGAGCGUUUCCAUCAGCGUUGCCUCAGGAAAAUCCUGCAAAUCUCUUGGGAAGACAGGCGGACAAAUGUCAGCGUGCUGGAAGAAGCAAAGACCACCAGCAUUGAAGCGAUGCUCCUACGCCAUCAACUCCACUGGACUGGCCACGUUGUCCAAAUGCCCAAUCACCGUCUCCCAAAGCAGUUACUUUACUCCAAACUCAAAAACGGGAAACGUAAUGUUGGUGGGCAGGAAAAGAGAUUUAAAGAUGGGCUUAAAGCCAACCUUAAAAACUGUGGCAUAGACACUGAGAACUGGGAAGCCCUGGCCCUUGAGCGCUCUAAUUGGAGGUCAGCUGUGACCAGCAGUGCUGCGGAGUUCGAAGAGGCACGAAUGGAGGACUUAAGGGAGAAACGUGCCAAGAGGAAGACCCGUCAAGCCAACCCUGACCGGGACCGCCUUCCACCUGGAAACCGAUGUCCUCACUGCGGGAGAACAUGCAGAUCAAGAAUAGGUCUCUUCAGCCACCUAAGAACCCAUCCUCAAGACUCCAAAACUGGAAGACCAUCAUCCUCGAACUACGAGGUAUCGCCUAAGUAAGAAGUAAGUAUUCUAUAUUCUGAUUCACAUAUGGGCUCUAAUUUUACAUUUAGUUUUAUUUUAUUCUUUUAUCUUUGGAAAUCCAUAUGAUGUGCUUUCUCGAGCAUACUUAGGCGAUCCCUCGUAGUUCGACCAUAAAUCUGUUUUAAUAUAUCAGCAUAGAAUUGACUCUUGCGUACCUUCAAAAUCUGAAUCUUUUGAAUCAGCUAUGAACUGGAAUGCUUUAUUAUGCCUAAAUGAUGAGGGGAAGUAUUAAUGAGAAGUAUUACUUAUUAACUACUCAUCUGAAGCGAUGGCAAAUUACUUUGACUAUGAGCAGGAAAUGCUGAGAGUGCAACUUUUGGAUUUCCCCCAGUCUUUGAAAUAUUUAAGAGAAAACCCACCAGUUAAUUCCUGCCAACAGUGUAGAUCAUUUAUUUUAUAGAUUGAUCUUAUUUUUUAUUUUCAUAAUUUGUAGCAAAAUUAAUAACAGUGAUUAUCAGGUGAUUAUUUUUUGCCUUCCAAGAUUUUCUACUGGUUGCCUUAGCUAUUACUACACCAAUAUCCAUAGAUGGCACAAUUGUCUACUAGACCGAAAUUUUUGUAAAAAUUCCUGUUAUCAGAGAGACGAGCAAAGUAUGAAAUAUAUUUUGAAAUAUUUUGGCAUUUUAAAAUUUCAGCAAUAUGGAUGAGCAAUCUCUAGGCUUUUCCAAGGUCUGCUGUAUAAACAAUAUUUUUAAAGGAAUUAAAUAUAAAAAAGCCAUGUUUUUUGUCCACUGGCCCAUCUGGGAGUUUUCUCAUUUGCAUUCCCAUUUAUCAUGCACUCAGAUUUGUGGGUAAGACCCCACUUAGUUUAGUAUCCUGGCAGAUUCCUCAGAGGGUCUGCUCCCUCCAGUCUUUUCUUACUGCCUGCACUUGAUUGUAUCUUGUUUAAGAUCAGAAGAGUACAGAGACAAGCGUUGCCUAAAAUAGUAUUACAUGACUGAAUGUUCUGAAUGAGCCUUUCUGAUCCUCAAGGCCCUCCUUUUUACCAAGGGCUUGUAUUUAUUCCUCUCUGAUUUAACAAACCCAACAUUUGAAUUUCCUUUCUUGCUCUCAACUGUCUCUAUAUAUUUUCCUCCGUCCAUCCAUCUUCCAGAACUGAUUUACUUAUUUAUUCUUUAGACCUCUUACUUCCUAUAUUUAGAAUUCCAGCCGAGUUCUAUCUGUUCUGGACUCCUAGAGAUGCACUAACGCCUGUAGAAUUUAAAUCAUGCUGUUUGUUAUUUUUAGGAUGCAUAACACAAAAUACCCUGUGCCUAUUGUCCUGACGUUCAGCAGAUAUCCUUUCUAAAUUAAACCUGCUAAUUUAACCAGAAGUAGCAAAGAAAGAAAAGUUAUCACAAUUUUUCUGUUCUUCAGGAUAGUCAAUGGAAGGAACUGAAGCUCAACUUUUCGAAUCUCGGCUCAGAUUUAGAACCUAAACUGACCUUACCUAUCAGAGCACAGUAUGAUCAUUUAUAAAAACACCAAAUUAAGAUACAUGCCCAGUCUGAAGGCAAAUAUGCAUUUCUAGUCUGUAUCUGCUAUGAAGGUCAGUGGAAAUCAAACAGAAAGAGCAUGAAUGACAUUCUUUGAGGUUGGGAUGGAAUUAUUUCAAAGUUUCACUCAGUUUUGGGCUGUUCAAAAUAAGCAAAUGUGCCCAAAAUAUUUUUAAAGAGUUAUAAAUAAUGACCUGCCUUUUUCUAUUAAUGAGAUCAGUACGUUGAUAUUACUUUAAAAAAUGGAUUUUAAUGCCUAAUCCACCUCUCUAAGUUGUGAGAUUUCUUUCUGUGUGGGGUGGGGAGAAGAUAAUGGCUAUUUUAGGUUUGUUUUGGAGGAUGCCAGAGGAAGGUUAUUGGUAUUUUAUAAUAAUCUAUUUGAAUGAUAAAUAAGUGAUAUAAUAAAAUGAGAUCAAAUAUGCCCAGAUAUGUUGAGCAUGAAUAUAGACAUACAUUUUAAAAUAUCUUCCAAUCACAAAAUCUAUCAAUGGAAAGGAAAGUUGAAAUCCAAUGCUCCUAUAUGUGAUUUCUUAGGAGCUGGCCAGCACCAUAAAAUCCUUACGGAGCGCAAAUGUCAUGUGUGGAAUGAUAUAGCUGAAAUAAAUCCUGUAGUUCAUCUAAACCACCCACUGCUCAAUGCCAGAACUGCACUGCAGAUACAACAUUCCUAACAGAUGGCUGGUCAUAGCUCUCCCAGUUCUGCUCUCUAGAGCAACAGCAAACAAAUUUGCUUCAUCAUCCGUCUGUGUGAACCUUUCAGAUGCUGAAGAGAAUUACUAUGUUUCCUCUUAAUCUCAUUCCCUCCACUUUUGACAUACCCAAAUCUUUCAGUCAUGCCCCAUAAAGCUUGGGAAACCUGGAAACCACCUGGGUUGCCUUCUCCUGGAAAAGUCAAAUGAUUGCAAUAUGGUCAAUAGUACAGAUUAGAACAAAAUUCCCCUGGAUGUAGACAAUACUUACAUGUUAAUACAGAUGAAGAAUGCAUUUCUUGUCUCCCUUUUUGGGGGCAGUUGCUUCAUAGUGCUGACAAAUAAUUUGUGAUACACUAGAACUAGUUUACUUCAGCUGCUACCAGGUCAGUUUGGGAGGAAAGGAAUGACAAAUCUCUGAAUAAAUGUUGUUAGGGAAGCCCUAAGUGGAAACGACUUGAAGGCAGUAUUUAUAGGAUGCAGAAUAAUAUCUUAGGCCCCCCUCUACAGUGCCAUAUAAAAUCCAGAUUAUCUGCUUUGAAUUGGAUUAUAUUAGUCUACACUGCCAUAAAAUCUAGUUCAAAGCAGAUAAUCUGGAUUUUAUAUGGCAGUGUAGAAGGAGCCUUAGAGUGUAUAUUACAAAUUUUCUGUGAAAACAACAACCUCUGCUGUUCAUAAUUGGAACUACAGAAGGAAUGAAAAACGUUAUGUUAAUACAGUAGCUAUUUUAUACCAGAGCAUGGAUCCACUUUAAAUCCGGUUUCUGCCUCCUGCAGAAUUCUGGGGUUUGCAGUUUGGUAAGGCCCAGGACCUGUCUGGCUGACCUGUUUAAACCCCUAAAGUGGAUUUAAAGUGGACCCAAACUCUAGUAUGAUGAGGUCCUAUGAAGGGGGAAAUAGAAUCUCUUAAUAAAAGAAUAUUUGCUUGAGUGUAUGUAUGCAUAUAAAUAAUAAAUCUAGAGUGAAGUAAAAUCAUAGGGGAAUGAUCAUGAAGCCUAUGGAUUAGUUUUCUCAGAUCCACUGAACAACCCAUUUAAUCCCAUGUCUGUGAUCAUUCUGAGUAACGGUUUGUCUCUUUUCAGUGGCAUUGCAGGAAGACGACUAAAUGACCAGCCAGAAAGUGGUAGGUGAGGGGACAGCAAGGCAGCAGCUCACUUCCUUUUUACUUUUCAAAAUAUUCUAUACAGUGUUCCCUCACUUAUUGCGGGGGUUGGGUUCCAGGACCACCCACAAUAAGUGAAAAUCCGUGAAGUAGGGACACUAUAUUUAUGUUAAUAUUUAUACAUUAUUUUAGUAGUUAUACACUAUUUUAAGUCUUUAUCAACCAAUCAUGUGUUGAUAAAUCGCCUCCUUCUCCUCCUGUUGCCACUUGGGCUCCUUUUCUCUCCCUUUAGCUUCUCCUUCCUCCCUUUCUUAGGCUGAAAAUUGUAAUUUUUUAUGAUUUAUAAUAGUCUUUUAGAGUUUAUUGAAAAACCACAAAACAGCAAAUCCGCGAAAAGUGAACCGUGAAGUAGUGAGGGAACACUGUAGUCUUGUUCCAACCAGCCAAGCACAGAUGUGUUUACAAAUAAUCUUUUACUUGAAAUGUAUAUUAUCUUUUUCAUUAAUAAAACAAUUUUGCUAAUUCUAUAUAUGUUCUACUUUUGCAUCAAGUCCCUAGUCUACUGAAUUUCUGUAGUCACCAUAGUAAUUGUAAUACAUUUAAAAUCUGAAACUAUGUGUUCGAAGCACAGGCAGCCCCCAAGUUACGAACACGAUAGGUUCUAUGGGUUUGUUAAGUUGAAUUUGUUUAUAAGUCAAAAUAGGUACAUUUUAAAAGUGUAACUCCAGACAUGGAUAGCAUAGGGACGGGUUAACACCUCCAUGGUGUUUUUUGUUGCUGUCUGUGCCCCCUGUGCAGAAGAUUUCACCUCACUUCCUGUCUCUGUGAUAAUUGGAUUUUGAAAAAAAUGGUGUGUUGUGGAAACAAGGAUUGAUGAUAAAGCUUCAGUGGAGACACAUUUUCCUCAUGAUAACUCUUUCAGGUGUGAAUUUACCUUCCAAGAGGUAGAUUUAUCUCACUCCCUGUUGUCUAACCCCUGUUCUUAACCAUGAGUCAUUUUAAAUAGGAUGUUUGUAACUUGGGGACUGCCUGUAUUUCUUAUAUAUAAAAUGUUAACAAAAUGACUUUUCUUGUUUCCUCUGGCACAGUGCUACUUAAACUGAUUGUUCUGGUACUGGUCCUUGAACCUUUGGCUGCCAGUUUCUAAUGGGUUUCCAAGAAAGUUGAGAAAAAAAAUUAUAGUCAGUGGGCACACAUACAGUACAGGUCACAUACACAUUCUUCCCAAAAGUCUUUAAUAUUUUAUUACCCUUUGUUUAAGAAGGGAGCACCACGAGGCUUCUCUGCCUCAAGAUGCCUUGCACACAGACAUGAAAGUCAGCAUUAGGGACUCUUCUACCAAAGUAAGAUUUCUUUUGUCUAUCUGCUCAUUUAUUUGAGAUGUAUUACCUGUAAUAAUAAAUAAAGUUUUUAACUUUUUAAACAUU